AUGCCCACCAUCCUCCCACCCUCGGGCAACCCACUGCGGGCAACCCCUAACCCGCCUCCCCCUCGAACUCUACCCCACCCCCUCCUCCCCCCCCUUCCACUUGCAAUGCGUCUCCGCCCCCCCGGCUACAAAAACAGCCGAAUCACGCGUAUCAUCCCCGCUGUCGGGAUCUACGGCGGUUCUGACGCCGCGGCGCCUGCUCACGCCCCCCAACAAUUUGCCGGGGCGGGAAGUGGGAGGGUGUUGGAGGAGGGGGAACUUGCGUGGGCGAAUCCGGGGGGGAGGGGGGCCGAGGGAGGGAAUGCGUAUGUGAUUUCGCUUGGAGGGGCGAGGGGGGAGGCGAUUGGGAGGGUGUUUGGGGAGGGGGGAUGGAGGGGUUGA